UUGUGUAGCCCCAGAUAAGGGCACAGGAGAGGAGAGGAAAAUAACGGAGAGGAAAAUAACGGAAAGAAUAAUAACUUAGAGGAUAGGGAACUGGACCGAGGACUGUUAUCUUUUUUAAAAUUUGGCCGCUGAUUUGACAGGAAAUGUAAUGCGCAUUUUGGUCAAUUCCAACUAAACUGGACAUCAGGUACAAAUGUAUUUGCUGUUGCACAUUUAACGUUACCUGUGUUCCAUUUAUUUUAAUACAAACUCAAAUUUAGCAUAAUAGAUUUAACUAUACCACAAAUUAGAAUGUUCUUUUAGAGUGAAGUUCAAAAUGCUUCAUAUAACUAACUAUUCUAGAUAUGCAAUGCAAAAACGUCUUAUUCGGUCAAUGUGCCAAUAUUAUUAUAGGGUAGCUAUUCCUCGAAAGAAAUAAGCCUACUGUGGAAUAAUUCGCCUAUUUUUGCUUCAUAAUUGAAAGUAAAAUCGAGAAAGGAAUCUGAAAAAUUGCCAUUUCGUCUCGGAGCUGGGGGGAGAAAGGGAACGUGAGGCUGCUGCUGGACAUUGGACGGGGAGGGGACACCACUGCAUCUCUCUCUCUCUCUGUCUGUUUCCGUGGAGAGCAGGGGGGUGGGAUUGAACCGCAAGAAACACAUCAUGCAACACAAUGGUAACGGAGAAGAGAGGCAGUCAGCCAACCAAUCCGAGCCUCAGCUCCAGGGGACGCCGAGUGGAAGCAUUCUACACAUCCCAGGCAGGGACACCCUUAGCGACCCCACACUCUUCCAACUGCCUGCCCAGUCAAAACUGGAGUUCAAACGCAAUGCAGUCACAGAGGACUACAAAAUAACAACUCAAGUACUAGGACUGGGUAUCAGUGGGAAGGUGAUGGAAUGCUACUGCAAGAAGACAGGGGAGAAGUGUGCCCUCAAGAUUCUGUAUGAUUGUCCUAAGGCGCGGCGGGAGGUAGAGCUGCAUUGGAGAGUGUCGGGGGGCCCAUACAUCGUUCACAUCCUCAGCCUUUAUGAGAACAUGCACCAGGGGAAGAAAUGCCUGCUUAUCAUCAUGGAGUGUAUGGAAGGAGGGGAGCUGUUCAGUCACAUUCAGGCCAGAGGGGACCAGGCGUUCACAGAGAGAGAGGCUGCGGAGAUCAUGAGGGACAUAGGCACGGCCAUCGAGUACCUCCACCACAUGGACAUAGCUCACAGAGAUGUCAAGCCUGAAAAUCUGCUGUACACCACCAAGGAGACCAAUUGCGUUCUGAAACUAACUGACUUUGGCUUUGCCAAGGAGACCACCCUCCACAACUCCCUCCAGACACCCUGUUACACCCCCUACUAUGUUGCCCCCGAGGUGCUUGGUCCAGAGAAGUAUGACAAGUCGUGUGACAUGUGGUCUCUGGGCGUGAUCAUGUACAUCCUGCUAUGUGGGUUCCCUCCGUUCUACUCUAACACUGGCCAGGCCAUCUCUCCAGGGAUGAAACAGAGGAUCAGGAUGGGCCAGUACAAGUUCCCCAACCCUGAGUGGGCGGAGGUGUCUGAGGAAGCCAAACAGCUGAUCAACCAGCUGCUGAAGACAGACCCUAACGAGAGGAUGACCAUCGGGCACUUCAUGAACCACCCUUGGAUCAAUGUGAGUAUUACUACUGCAUGUCUGAGUGCUGUGGAUAAUAUGACUCAUUUACACUGUGUGUGUGUGUGUGUGUGUUUGUUGACAUUACAGCAGUCGAUGGUGGUCCCUCCGACUCCUCUGCACACGUCCCGUGUUCUGACAGAGGACAGAGAACUGUGGGACGAUGUCAAGGAAGAGAUGACCAGUGCCCUGGCCACCAUGCGUGUAGACUAUGACCAGGUGAAGAUCAAAGACCUGGACACGUCCAACAAUCCGCUGCUCAAUAAGAGACGCAAUAGACCUGGUGCUGGGCAGGCUGAGGGAGAGGGGGGAGGAGGGGGAGGUGGUGGGGGAGGAGGGGGUGAAGGAGUAGUCGGAGCAAUGGUUUGUAACAGCCAGUGAGAGUUUGAGGGAAGGGAGAGGGAGUGUUAUAUUAAGGACAUUAUUUGGACCAAUAUUCACCAGGGUCCUGAUCACGAGUUGUUUCGGGAAUUAAUCAGAUCUUGUGGUCAGGAAAACUAUUCUCGUUAUUGGUCAAAAUAAGUGUUUAAUUGGACCACACCAAGAUUGAGAUGGCAGCAAUUUGCCCUCUGUUGGCAGUAAUCAGAAAGAUAAGGCUCUUCUCUGUCCUUUACUUGUUCUGUCACCAGCACAUACGAGUUUCCAGCUCAGUUAAUCAGACUGAUCUAUAAUAUAAUUGCUUUUGUUUUGUAGAUGUCAUGUUUAUUUACUGCUAUUAUUUUCAUGAAAUAAAUGUUUGUUUCUAAGGAA